AUGUCCCAAGACCGCGUCCCACCCUCCAACGUCGGCGGCAAGGAUCAGAUUCCUUCCGAAGUCCUCACCCCCCCCGAAUUCCAACAAAUUGCCGCACAAAAAGGCGCCGCGGAAAAGAAGUUCAUGAGCCGGUGGGACGAAGGCCACGGCGAAGAGCAGGGGUCGUGCGCCACCGAGGAUCACAGUUUCGCGGCCGAGAAGCCCGGAGAGUCGGAUACGUUGCCGGGUUGGUCGGUGAUGAAGGAUAAGUUGGGAUUGUAAGCAACACUCAACUCACGCGAAUCUGAUUGAUUGGAUUUCUUUUGCGAUUCGUUGCGAUUGUUUGCUGUGCUGUGCUGUGCUGUGCUGUUUGUCGCUUCUGUUCCCCUGUGAGGAUGGGGCUGACUGAUCACGAUGACGGUGGUUUUGUUGGGGGUGUUUAGUUUAUAUCCGGAGUAGAUUUGGGAAUGCUAUUAAGGAUUAAGGAUAGUUUAG